AGCUUCUGCAGACAGCUUAGGAGGCGGACCGGGGCUCCGGCCGGUCCUUUGAGCAAGUGGGCGCAGCCAAAUCGCGCGUGGCAGUGGACAUGGCUCACGGGUCGGAAGGCCGUGUGUCGUGGGGCUGCAAGCUGCCUCUCCUGCUCCUUCAUGUGUCUCUGCCUCUACUUCUGUUCCUGUGGCAUUCACCGCCCAGCGCAAGUUUCUUGCAAGUGAAGAUGGCAGGGACAACUCAGACUGUGCUGCUGAAUGACAAUGCCACUAUUUUCUGCCAAGUCUAUGGUGACCCCUCCCCAAACAUAACCAUUAUGGGUGUCACCUGGUUUUGGAAGAAUCCAGAGUCUGCAACAGAAGUUAAGCUAUUUGAGUUUUUUGGAGGCCAACAAAUGACAGGUCGACCUGGAGCCAUGGUGCCUCUUAAGAGUUUGGAGAGUGGGAAUGCCUCACUGCAGCUGCCAGGGAUCCAGCUGAGGGAAGCAGGAGAGUACCGAUGUGAGGUGGUGAUCACCCCUCACAAAGCAGUGGGACAAGUCAAGCUGGAGGUUGUGGCUUUCCCAGUCAGCAGCUUGUUUCCAGAGCAAGCCAUGGUGAAAGAAAAGCAAGAAACACUUAUUUUGUGUAUGUCAAGUGGGUUCCACCUUGACAACAUUACUAUUUUGUGGAAAAAACUAUCCCAGAAGGAUCCUCAGGAGGUUUUUGAAGGCAUCAUCACUAAUCACACCAUCGAGAAUGGUAUGUUUAAUGUCACUAGCUUCUUGAUGCUGAAGCCCUCUCUGGAAGACAAUAUGACCAUCUACCAGUGUGUGAUAUAUCACAAAUCCUUGCCUACCCCUCAGAAGCUCAAUUUCACCUUGACUGUGAUAGAAUCUGAGAAGACAGCUUGGAGUUCGAACAGUUUUUUCUACAUUGGAGCCCCCUUCUUACUUGCAGUGAUUUUGUUAAUUAUUAUUUAUCUUUUAUUUAAAAAGGCACGACCCCAAACACAUCCCUUAUCCUGAGUCUUGAAAGCUUCUUCUCAAAACACCCAAACCUAUACAGCAGAGACUGAAGAAUUAAAAUGAGGUGCUGUCAUUAUGA